AUGCAAACGAGAGCAUGUGAGGAGCGAGAGCUGCACGUCGACGCUGGCGCACCGCCGCAGACGUGCCGCAACGCGUGCACGGUGCAGAACUCCUACUGUUCGUCGACGAGCGGACUGUGCGAAUGUGCCGUCGGCUUUCAUGCGAGCUACGAGAGCGACGGAGCUGAGCUACGGGCGUGCCGACGGGCGAUGAGAAACACGUCGCUCGUCGCCGGCAGUGCGCGGCACGAUGCGAGCGUCGAGUUCGUCACGGCGACACCCGCCGCGAAAGUGGCAGUCGCCGCGCCUAAGCUAGCGGUGCAGGCGUUAGGAGUCAGGGUCAGGGUCAUGGUGAACAGUGAGUGUACGGGGAGACGAUACCGCCCAUUGGCAUGUCAUGACAGUAAUGGUAGACUCGUGGAUCACUCAAUGUGCUCGACCACAGGUUACGAAGAGCAGGCGUGCUUCGUGCAGCCGUGUGCUGUCGACUGCGUUGUGAGCGUAUGGUCACCGUGGAGCGUGUGCGCCGACCCGUGCCACGGCGGCACUAGCAACCGCAGCAGAAGUAUCGUCGUCAACAACUACGACGGAGGCAGAUUGUGCCCCGAGCAAAUGACACAGUUUAAGACUUGUCCGGCAGUCUGUAACGAGUAUGUCUGGACAUCCGGGGACUGGAGUCCGUGCCAGAGAUUCAACAGCAGUGCUAGUUCUAGAAACUCGGUUGAUGGGGAGUGUGGCUGGAAAGGAACGCAAAGCAGGAGAAUUGUGUGUGUCCACCAAUCAUCGGAAGGUCUGCAACAGACGGUUGCGGAUGACCUGUGUGACGUCAUGGUGAAACCAAUAGGCACUGCAUCGUGUCAUCAGCCCUGUGCCGGCGAGUGUGUGAUGAGUCAUUGGGGGCAAUGGUCGCCAUGCGCUGAGCAAUGUCUCGCACACGAGAAGCGUUAUUCUUCCCGUCAGGUGGAGCGAGUGUCUGAUCAUAGCCUCUGUGGCGAGAAGACGCAGACGAUGCAAUGUCCCUGCUUUACUUACAGGUGGCAGUUCGACUCCUGGAGCACGUGUAUACAGCAGCUGGGCGCGGAAUGCGGACACGGUUGGCGAUACCGCCAUCUUCUCUGUCUACGUGACGAUGAUCGCAUAGCAGACAGAUCAUUCUGCCUUCAGAAUGCAACUCUAGUGAUGGAACCGACCGAAGAACUGUGCCAUCUUCCCUGUCCGAUUGACUGCAUUACAACAGAAUGGUCUGCGUGGGACGGGACCAACUGUACAUGCGGACUCGAUAGUGGAACGAUCAGUCGCCGACGACUAGUCAUUCAGUCGCCAGCGGAUGGCGGGCGGCAGUGCCGACGCACGGUGGAGACGCGAGCCUGUAAGAUAAAGCCGUGCUACCGGUGGGAACGCAGUGCCUGGUCGCAGUGCGUUGUGCGCGAUGCGGAUUGCGGAGAAGGAAUGCGACGUAGAAACAUUAGCUGCAUAGCGACCGGCGACGUUACGGUGUCGAACAGCUUGUGUCUGUCUGCGCAUGCGUCGAUGCACGAUUACACGUUGCAGACGGAUGUUGACAUACACACGGAGGAGCCAUGCUAUAUCCCAUGCGCAUUCGAUUGUCAAAUGACACCGUGGACGGAAUGGAGCGCAUGUAACCGAAACUGUAAAGUAAACUCUUCCGUUGGGAUAGCGACGAGAUCGCGAGCUAUUACUCAUCACCCUACGCCCCUGACAGCGCCCUGCCCCGACGUACUGUGGCAGACGAAGGCGUGUGCGGGUGGCCCUUGUCUAACAUACAGUUGGAAUAAGACUAGAGGCGCAGAUGGGAAUGAGGAAAUGGCGUGCACGCGAAGUGAUGGACUGCGUGUUAAUGACCUGAUUAGAAAAAAUCGCACAGGAUUCUGUAUCUGUACUGACCUCACUGCUAUCUAUUCUACUAGCAAUACUACACUAUCCGGUGACAUUCCCGUGUCAUGGACAUUCUGUGGUGAGCAGCCAGCACCGGUCGUCGCCGAGCAAUGCGCUGUGCCAUGUCCUGUCGACUGCGAGCUAUCGCGCUGGUCGCCGUGGCUGCCCUGCCCACGUCCCUCGACAUGUUCCCAGCUGAAUAAGACAUACGUGACCACCCGCAUUAGGAGCGCGAAUCGCCAGGCGACCGAGGGAGGUGCUGCGUGUCCGCAUCUUGAAGAGGUGGCGUCGUGCGCGAAGGUCACGGCGUGCCACUCCUGGCACACGGGCGCGCUCAGCAAGUGCAUGGUCGAAGACCUGAAGAAGAACUGUGGACCAGGGCUCAUGUACAGAACGGUGUACUGCGUCAACAUACGCCGGGAGCGAGUCAACGACACGAUCUGUUUCGACAACCUGAUGAAUCCCAUGCCAUCGAACAGUGUCGCGUGCAGCGUUCCCUGCGCGGGAGACUGCGUGCUGUCACAGUGGAGCCAGUGGUCAGCCUGCUCGCAGGCCUGCUUCAAGGAUACGGCUAAGGGAAUGGUGGGAGGUGUCCAGGAGAGGACCCGCGGUAUACUAGCUCAGUCCACCGAUGGCUCUCCGUGUCCGACCUCGGACGAACUACGGGUUGUUCGCACUUGCUACCCCGAACGAAGCUGUGACGUGUACCACUGGCAAGGUGGACCGUGGGAUGCCUGCGCUCAUAGUAAUCAAGUGGUGCCGGAGUUUUGUGGCAGAUCGAAGCAGUUCCGUGACAUAACUUGCGUGAAAAACGAGGGCGAGGCAGUGCCAAACUCAAGGUGUGAUACGUUGCCGAUGCCACCUUCAAACCAAUCGUGUAACAUCCAGUGUUCUGUUGAUUGUCAAAUCUCAGGCUGGAGUCAGUGGUCCACCUGCGACCAGAUAUGUCCAACAGAACGUCUGCAAUUCCGAAGUAGAGGGAGGUAUGUUAUGCAGCCACUAAUGUACAGCGGCAAGGCCUGCCCGUCUGCGCAACGAGAGGUCAUACUCUGUCAGCCACAGUGCCAUUCGUUUAGCUGGGUCUACAGUGAGUUUGGCGCCUGUUUGCUGCCAGCGGGUGUGACGUGUGGCGAGGGCAUCAGGGGACGAGACGGUGGGUUGAGGGUGACGCGCGUACUUGCCGGCGGUGGCAAGUCGUGCCCUCAUCUAGAGGAGACGGAGCGUCUAGACAGCGUAGAAGUCAACACCUGCCACUCGAGUUUACCUAUGAGCAGGGAGAUUGCUAUUGCGACGCCGAGUAUCGUUGAUGUCUCUUGCACGUCCGUGCCAAGCCGCUCCAUGAUGUCAAGCAUAAAGAUGCCGUACGCCUUCUGCUGUCCCCACGUCGUCAUCGGUAAAGAGUGCGGAGAUAGCCACCUAGCUGCCGGGUUUGUGUGGGUUUCUACGAAGAUGGAUCUAUUCACCUAUUUUUGUAACAUAUUUGCGAUCGUGCUCCUGCAAGUCAAGUGCCUUCAGUCAUAUAUUGAUCUACGAGAGAAGGCCGAUGCCGAUAAGAGCUUCAGUUGGAGAACAGGUCCGUGGGGCGCCUGCGUGGGAGAGCAGUGUGGCCUGCGAGGCAUGGAGACGAGGGUGGUGAUCUGUAUAAAUAAAGAGACGGGAAGCAUCAUGCGAGACGAACAGUGCGAUGAAAUCAAGAAGCCGGCCUCUCUACGCACGUGUUUCAUCGUCUGCGAGAAACAUCGUCACGAGGUGUCAUGGCGAAUUGAGCCGUGGACCCGCUGCAUUCAUCCGGGGACGCUAUCCGAUUCCCGAUGCGAAUUUUCCACGCAGGGUCUACAGUACCGCAGCGUCAAGUGUGUCUUGAAUAUGACCAACGCGCUACUUUCUGACCACGUGUGCGAGCAUUUCUUCCACAAGCCGCCGCGAAAACGCACGUGCGAUAUCCCGUGCCCGCAAAACUGCGUCGUCGCCGAGUUCGGCGAGUGGAGCGCGUGCGACUGUCGCCGCAACCAGACGAGAACGAGGCGGAUUGUAAUAGCGCCCUCCGGCGGUGGGAAAGCGUGUCCGCCUCUCUCCGAAGCUAGACGCUGCGUCUCGAAAAAUCAUCACGAGCAUAAGAAACACGGCGCGCAGAAGGUCUCGACUGGAGCUAGGGACAACGCGCGCGCCGCCUAUCGGGCAUCCUUGGAAGACAUGAGCCCGCAGGACCGACGCUGGUGGCAUCGAAAUCAGUUCACGAUCUUCAAACGCGAGGCGCCCGCUGCGACAACCGCAGCGCCACCACCGGGCAACGACAAACGCACGCACGGCAACUGCAGUCACGAGCAGCGCGGCGCCGUGCUGCGUGGCGACGGCUGGACGGAGUGUGCGUCUUCUGACGAGGUCAAUAGAUGGAGCCAGCGCUCGCAGACUGUCCUUCCUGUAGCAACCGCAGUUAAGCCCGAUCAAACCGUCGCUUUCGGGUCACAGACUAGACGGCUCACGUGUCGAGACAGCGAUGGAGCGGUGCUCGAACGCAGGUCGAAUUUGAAACAAAUUGACCGAGAGUACAACCAUCUGUACAUCGUUACUUCGUUACCCUGCUCCGCCGGUAACUCGCGGCUACUUCCCGGCCUCGCGCUGCACGAUUAA